AUGUCUCUGACCAAUAGCCGAGAUGACGUCGACGGGCGUCGUGAGAUCCAACAGCAUGCGCAAAAAUCUCGAGAUUACAACAAGGAGAGAGAAAGGAGAAGGAAGUUGAAACGAUCAAGAGUACCGAUCGGAUGGACAUACAUUUCGCCCGCUCCAAGCAGAUGUCACUCUCUUAGUCAUCUGGCAAUGCGUCCCGCGGUCUCGGUAUCGGAGGUUCGAGAAUCGGACACGAUCAAGCAAACCAUACUUAAAUCCACUACCACUUCACCGGAGGAAGAUGACCGAAACGAUGACAAGCAGCCACAACAUGAAUGCGGUAGUCUGUCAAUGCAGAUACCAAAUUGGGGAUCUGUGGAACCGUUCGCGCAAUUCAAACUGUCCAUGAACGCCGAAAAGUAUCGGAUGCUGGAGUAUUUUGUCUUCAGGCAUUUCCCUGCCGUGACGAGGUCUGAUAUGUCUGUAUUGUCGAGGCGGUCAACGCUACCACCGUCAAAUCGAGCAUUGCAGUUCGUACGCAACGCUCUCAACGAGGAGCUGCACACUCUCGCGCUUCUCGCUGUUGCAAGUGCCCGCAUGAAAUACGUUGACCGGACAUACUUCGCCCAGGCUGAUUUGCCUGAACAAUUGGCCGAUGCUGCACUGCGACUGACAAGAGCAUAUCUAGCACAAGGUCGACCUAUAACCCAACAGCUGAUCACGAGCAUAUUGUUCCUAUGGGCAGUUGAGAGCUAUCGCCGGAAUUGGGAUGGAGUGCGCAUACAUGGCAAUAUGAUCAUGUACUUGACGAACACGUUUUUGGGAGGAUUCCAGACACUCGACCUCGACCUGCGACGAAUGCUGUGGAUUGCCGACCGGUUUCAGGCUGCCGCCACCCAGACUCCACCGUUGAUUGAAGACAGGUGGGAGACGGACGAGCUAUCUCAUCAGCAGAGGGUGAGUGCAACUGCCGCCGUUCGUGGAAAAGGGAGAGAAGUGAUGGGUGGAGGAUUGACCAAUCAACAAGUGGGUGAAUCGGUAUUGUUUACACCAAAGUUCCAAGGCUUGCUCGACAAGGUCCUGGAUUUGUGCUGUGUCAUUCAGUGUCAUUGGAUCGGGGUACCUGAGGACACCACAAUGCCUGAUCGCGACUGGGCGCUGGCUCGUGCGUGGUCAAUCGCGGAUGAGCUGAUUGCUUUCAAAGAUGAUUCCGCUCCCUCUUCCCGAGGUAGGCGCUCCUUGAAUGACCACAGCAGAAGAUUGCAAGACUGUGUUAGACUUGCACUCAUUGCGUGGUUGGCUUUUGUGCCAGCUAGUGCCUUUUAUGCGCCAACCUCAAAGGACAAGAGUGCGCCGACAGUUCGAGCCACGAUCGAUGCGAGACCACUGCGCAAUCGACUCGGAAGUAUCUUGCAAAAUCAUCUGAAACAGGCCCCUAGCGAAAAGGAGCAGGUCUUGUUGUUCUGGGUCGCGGCUGUGGGGGCUGUGGUGAGCGAAUUGGUAGAAAAUCAAGAGUGGUUUGGAGUGAAAUUUCAAAGUACUGCGAGGAAGCUGAAUAUUUUCACCUGGCGCGAUUUUGUACCCGUGAACGAGAGAUUCCUCUUGCUGCAAUACCUCCAACCUGGGAAUUUGAGCAAAUUGUCAUGGCUCCUGCAGAGGGCAGUUUAUGCCGAGACACGGGAUUGCUUGAGCCAACAAGAUGAAGGUGAUAAGACCUCAGAGAUAUGA